CUCAAUUCAAGGUAAAACCCUCCCAGACUCGCACUUCCAGAGUCGAGACUUAAAACCCUAGAAAUGUCCUCCAUCGCCACCCGCCACAUCCGUCGUUUAUCGACGGCAGCCACCACCACCGCCACCGCCACCGCAACCGCUGCUGUCAAGGCAACAGCAACGACGUCCUCUUCAAUAUCCAUUUCAAAAGCGAAAUCUAAACUAAGAACCGAGUAUGAUCCAGAUAAAGCUCUGAACAUUUACUCUUCUGUUUCCAGUCACUACACUUCCCCUGUCUCCUCUCGCUACGCUCAGGAAAUCACCAUUCGUCGCCUUGCAAAGUCUCGUCGAUUCGACGACAUCGAAUCCCUGAUCGAGUCCCAUAAAAAUGACCCGAAGAUCACUCAGGAGCCCUUUUUAUCCACCUUGAUUCGAUCCUACGGUCGAGCUGGUAUGUUCGAGCACGCAAUGAGGACUUAUAAUCAGAUGGAAGAUUUCGGCACUCCUCGAUCGGCGAUUUCCUUCAAUGCGCUAUUAUGUGCAUUUAACCAUUCGAAGCAAUUCGACAAAGUUCCUCAACUGUUCGAUGAAAUUCCGAAGAAAUACAAUUUCUCUCCCAAUAAGAUCUCGUACGGGAUCCUGGUCAAAUCCUAUUGCGAAUCCGGUUCUCCCGAGAAGGCCAUGCAAAUUGUAAGGGAAAUGGAGGAAAACGAUGUGGAGGUUACUGCGGUGACAUUCACAACCAUUUUAGAUGCUCUGUACAAGAAGGGCGAGAGCGAAGAGGCAGAGAAAAUCUGGAACAAGAUGAUAUCAAAAGGGUGUGAACUCGAUGUAGGGGCCUAUAACGUAAGAUUGAUGCACGAGCACGGCAGCAAGCCAGAACACGUUGAAGCAUUGAUCGAGGAAAUGGCUAAUUCAGGUAUGAAACCCGACACCAUUAGCUAUAAUUACUUAAUGACUUGUUAUUGCAAGAAUGGGAUGAUUGAUGAAGCAAAGAAGGUGUAUGAUGAUAUGGAGAUAAAUGGGUGUAACAAGAACGCUGCAACUUUUAGGACAUUUAUGUAUUACCUCUGUAGAAAUGGGGAUUAUGAAAAAGGGUAUAUGGUUUUCAAGGAGAGUGUGAAGGUUCAUAAGAUUCCUGAUGUUAACACAGUGAAGUAUUUGGUGGAGGGGCUAAUGGAGAAGAAGAAGAUGAAAGAGGCCAAGGGUUUAAUCAGGACCAUAAGGAAGAAGUUCCCUCCUGAUUCUUUGAAGGCCUGGAGAAAAGUUGAGGAGGCUCUUGGUUUGGCUUCUUCUUCUUCUUCUUCUUCUAAGGCUGAUGAUGAAACUGAAGAAUAAGUGUUUAAGUUGAGCUACGUUGUUGUUGUUCUUGUUGAGUGUAAUGCUUUCUUCUCUGAUUUUUUAGUCCCUAAUUGAACAAGUUUUGUUUUGAAAGCUGCAGAUUGCUAUCAGUUGCUACUAUGGCUUGCUAUUAGAAGCCUAGAUUAUGAGUCAUGGGGCUAUAUAGAGCUGUAAAAGCCCCAAUUUUUUUCAAUAGAUUGUUAGCCUUUCUUA